AUGAUUUUUUCCCUGCUUGAUGUGGACGACCGCGACGACGAUGGCAACGAACUCAGCUCUGCGCUCGCUUUCGGAACGACUAGCUCGUAUUUCUGGAACGUCGGAAAGCGUUCUCUCGGCUCUGCGAUUACUCGCAAGAGCAUGAACCCCAACCUGUGGGCGGGCGAUCGAAUCAUCUGUAUUGGUGAUAUGGCCGGUGAUCUGCCUUCAGGUUUCCCGAGCGACGGCGAAGGCAGCAUCAGUGACAUCUUCGACCGCUUCUACGACGACGAACUUCCGUAUCCUGAAAGAGUUAGACACACAACUCCACACUGGUCGCGCGGACGCCAGCCUCGUCAAUUCAUACCAUGGGCAGAACCGUUCUGGAUCUCAGGUCAGCGUUCCACUGUGCAGGUCUCAGCUAGCGAAGAGUGGAUCCUUCGUAACCUCAGCAAACGCGAGUAUACUCGCCAGACUGGAGACGAUCAUGGCGAUUUCGACCAUCGCCUUAUGACGCGGAUAUGUUGGUCCUCCAACGUUCAUAUCGGAGGUCGGAAUGAGGAUUUUGACGCUAAGACGGUCUAUAGAGGGAAGUGGGCGGGUGAUAGAUUUGAUGUCGUCACCCUGCGUGAUCUAGAGAGGGUGAUCGGAGAAGACGGCAGAUUAGAGGCGAGGGAUGGAUGGAAGGAUGUUACGGACGAGAUCGGUGAAGAGAUUAGGGAGCUCCUCGUUGCAGCGGGAGAGCUCGAAGCCAGUAAAGACUAA